GCAGGGGCAGCCACCAUGGAGUUCCGCCAGGAGGAGUUUCGGAAGCUGGCGGGUCGUGCCCUCGGGAGGCUGCACCGUCUUCUGGAGAAGCGGCAGGAAGGUGCAGAGACGCUGGAGCUGAGUGCUGAUGGGCGCCCGGUGACGACGCAGACCCGGGACCAGCCGGUCGUGGAUUGCACCUGCUUUGGUCUCCCUCGCCGCUACAUUAUCGCCAUCAUGAGCGGCCUGGGCUUCUGCAUCAGCUUCGGCAUCCGCUGCAACCUGGGCGUGGCCAUUGUCUCCAUGGUCAACAACAGCACGACCCACCGCGGGGGCCACGUGGUGGUGCAGAAAGCUCAGUUCAGCUGGGAUCCAGAGACUGUUGGCCUCAUACACGGCUCCUUUUUCUGGGGCUACAUUGUCACCCAGAUUCCUGGAGGAUUUAUUUGCCAAAAAUUCGCAGCCAACAGGGUUUUUGGCUUUGCUAUUGUGGCUACCUCCACUCUAAACAUGUUGAUCCCCUCGGCUGCCCGUGUCCACUAUGGCUGUGUCAUCUUCGUGAGGAUCCUGCAGGGGUUGGUAGAGGGGGUCACGUACCCCGCCUGCCACGGGAUCUGGAGCAAAUGGGCCCCGCCCUUAGAGCGGAGUCGCCUGGCAACAACAGCCUUUUGCGGUUCCUAUGCUGGGGCAGUGGUCGCGAUGCCUCUCGCCGGGGUCCUGGUGCAGUACUCAGGAUGGAGCUCUGUGUUCUACGUCUACGGCAGCUUCGGGAUCUUCUGGUACCUGUUCUGGCUGCUCGUCUCCUACGAGUCCCCGGCGCUGCACCCUAGCAUUUCCGAGGAGGAGCGCAAGUACAUCGAGGACGCCAUCGGCGAGAGCGCCAAACUCAUGAACCCCGUCACGAAGUUUAACACACCCUGGCGGCGCUUCUUCACGUCCAUGCCAGUUUACGCCAUUAUCGUGGCCAACUUCUGCCGCAGUUGGACGUUCUACUUGCUUCUUAUCUCCCAGCCCGCCUACUUCGAAGAAGUGUUCGGCUUUGAGAUCAGCAAGGUAGGCCUGGUGUCAGCGCUGCCUCACCUGGUCAUGACCAUCAUCGUGCCCAUUGGAGGCCAGAUCGCCGACUUCCUCAGGAGCCGCCGUAUCAUGUCCACCACCAACGUGCGCAAGUUGAUGAACUGUGGGGGCUUUGGCAUGGAAGCCACGCUGCUGCUGGUGGUCGGCUACUCGCACUCCAAGGGCGUGGCCAUCUCCUUCCUUGUCCUCGCAGUGGGCUUCAGCGGCUUCGCCAUCUCUGGGUUCAACGUGAACCACCUGGACAUCGCCCCGCGCUAUGCCAGCAUCCUCAUGGGCAUCUCCAACGGCGUGGGCACGUUGUCCGGCAUGGUGUGCCCCAUCAUCGUGGGUGCCAUGACUAAGCACAAGACUCGGGAGGAGUGGCAGUAUGUGUUCCUCAUUGCCUCCCUGGUGCACUAUGGAGGAGUUAUCUUCUACGGGGUCUUCGCUUCCGGAGAGAAGCAGCCGUGGGCGGAGCCUGAGGAGAUGAGCGAAGAGAAAUGUGGCUUUGUUGGCCACGACCAGCUGGCUGGCAGUGACGAAAGCGAAAUGGAGGAUGAGGCUGAGCCCCCCGGGGCACCCCCUGCUCCCCCUCCCUCCUAUGGAGCUACACACAGCACAGUUCAACCCCCAAGACCCCCACCCCCGGUCCGGGGCUACUGA